AUGCCGCAGCAAUUAUUUUUUUGGUUUAGUAAAAGUAAGGCAUUCAUUUCAUAUUUUUUCUAUGGGAUAUACUUAGAAAGGAAGUACUACGUCAUGGUGAAUAAUUUGAACAAGUGGUUUUCCAGCGUAGCAGAAGCCAAUAAUUUGCCACAUGAUUACAAGUUAAAGUGGUGGGAAGAAUGCAACAUAGACGGUAAGGACAAUGAUGAAUAUCAAUGA